UCCAUCCAUAUAAAUUUACACAAGAAUAUUUGUAACACACAUUGAGUUUACAUCAAGCAAACAAAAUUACACUAGAAAAUUUCUCUAGAGAAGCUAGAUGAGGUUAUUCCACCCUAAGAAACCACACUUUUUUCAGCCUCUCAUUCCCGGUUUUCUUUCUGAUUUUUCAAUACCGAAGUCAUUUUACAAAUAUCUUGGUUUAGGAGCAGAAAUUGGAGAGAAAAUGGCCUUACUAAGAGACAAAAAUAAGAAAAUUUGGGAUGUUAAAAUUGAGUUAAUUAAUAAUAAGGUGCAAUUCAAAGAUGGAUGGGAGAAAUUUUGCAAUGACCAUGAUUUGCAAAUUGGUGAUUUUUUGGUGUUUAUGCAUCAAGGUUACUGGGUUUUCGAUGUUUUCGUCUUUGAUUCUACGGCUUGUGAGCGCGAAUCUGCAACAAUUGAUGACGAAUCUAAUCAAUUUAACUAUGUAAUAGUACAAGCUUUAAGCUCUUGUGGCUCGAGAAAUAAUUCUGGUGCCACUCUUAAUGAAGCCAAAGAUGUGCAUGUAGGGUUGUCAAGGGAGGUGAAUAACAACGUUUUAGAGCAAAGAAAUAUGGGAUCUAGACCAAGUACUUUUGUUCUACAGAAUUGCAGCUACGAGUCAGUUGCACUACCAAUCCCGAAGCCAAUAAAUAUUGGUGUAGGAUCAGAAAUUGAAGAGGAUAAGAUGAUCUUAUUAAGAGAUAAGAGCAAGAAAAUUUGGGAUGUGAAUAUCGAGUUAAGUAAAAAUAAGGUUCAAUUCAAAGAUGGGUGGGAGAAAUUUUGCCAAGACCAUAAUUUGCAAAUUGGUGAUUUCUUGGAGUUAAAAUAUCAAGGUUACUUGGUUUUCGACGUUUCUGUUAUUGUUGAUCCUACUGCUCAUGUCGAUGAAAGGUUAUCAAAUAGAACGGAGAACAACAAGGUUCAAGAGCAGAAAAAUAUUGGUUUUGAUCCAACCGGGCAUCCUUAUUGUACUUUUGUUUUGAUGAAUCAUAGCUACAAGUCAGCUCAGCUGUUCAUUCCGUUGGAAUUUGCAAGAAAAAAUGGGCUAGACAAGAGGCAAUACGUGGGGAUAAUAGAUGAAAAAGGACGUAAAUGGGUGCUACCUUUCAAAUAUACCAAGGGAAAGUAUGCUUAUAUUGGAAAAUUGCGAGGUUUAUAUGGUGCCAAUGGCUUCAAAAUCGGAGAUUUUGUCAUUCUUGAGCUCAUUCAAUCCGAGAAAGAACCUGUCAUUAGAUUUCAUAAUCUUCUAAGAUGGUAAUUAAUUAAACUUUAAUUUUUUUUUUCUAUCGUACAUAAUGUAAUGUCAAAUGGAGUAAUUCUUAUCAUCUUAGAAUGAGGUCACUUUUGUACUAGAUUCUUAAUUCUACCGCACGUGUUUUUUUUAGCUCACUUUGAAAUCUUAAAUUAGGUUUUC